UUUGUAAACAUAACCAGCAUCACCGAGAGAUAAAAGAACAGCAGCAUUAGAAAGUUGGAGUAGCAAAAAGACGUAGAAAUAUUACCUCCAAAAUCAUACAUCCAUCAUGUUUACCGAUACGAAAAAUUUGGCAAAUCUUUGCGUCAACAAUACAAAUGCCUCAAUGAAGUUGACAAAUCUGCAACAGCAACAACAACAGCAGCUACAACAGAGUGAUAAAUUCAAACUGAGGAAAGUCUGGAAACCCAUCUUGCGCCUCAUGUCAAUUAAAUCUGCCACAGCAGGAAAAAAUAAUCGUUCAAUACCAAAUAAUGUUAACCUCAAUAACGCCCACAUCACCCACAAUACACCCAAGGAUCUACUCUUCAGCUCUGCAGAAGUACACAGUGACUUAGAAGAGCAAUUUGCACAACUAACGGUAAAGCUGCCAGAAGUGUGUCAAACUGAAGAAGAUAUGGAAACAAAAAAUGAAAUGUCCAGCAGCUCCAAAGAACCCCUAGAGUUUAUCAGCCGCGUCAGUGUGGAUAAAACCCCCCUCAAUACCUGCAACAAUUGUGUUCAUGGUCGCAACUGCCAGCAUUCUCAAUAUCAUCAACAAACCGCCACCCAAAGUUCUUCCCCCCUGCUGCUGCACGAAGGUGAUUUGAAUUUCAUCAAUGCCGAAGAUGGCUAUUUUGUUUGGUCCGAUACCUUUGCGGAAAUGGACGAGCAAUUGCUGCGCCAAUGGUAUUGGCAAAACUCCUGGCAGUUUGCUGAAAAUGCAACCAUGUGUUAACUUUGACAGAGUUGAAUUUUCUCGUUUGGAAAAUACAAGCUUGUGUUGAAAUCUUAAUUAGUGUUGCCAAAACAAAACAUAGUUUAUUGGAUAGUAGUAGU